AUGGCAGGCAUUUUCGAGGCGCCGCGUAAUGCGGACACUCUCUUCCUAGGAGGCCAGAAAAUCACCGGUGCCGACGUACGAGACCAGUGCGUUCUUGCGACUCAGGCGAUUGCAAAUGUGGUCAAGAGUUCGUUCGGCCCUUCAGGCCUGGACAAGAUGAUGGUCGACGAUAUCGGUGAUGUGACGGUUACAAACGACGGUGCUACUAUCUUGAGUUUGUUGGAUAUUGAGCACCCUGCUGGCAAGAUUCUUGUGGAUCUGGCCCAGCAACAGGAUAGGGAGGUCGGUGAUGGAACCACAUCUGUCGUCCUUAUUGCCGCAGAGCUCCUUCGACGAGGAAACGAAUUGAUGAAGAACCGCAUCCACCCCACAACUAUCAUCAACGGAUACAGGCUGGCGCUUCGGGAGGCCGUGAAAUAUAUGAAUGAGAACAUCGCCACAAAGGUGGACAACCUGGGCAAGGAAAGCUUGAUUAACAUUGCCAAGACGUCCAUGUCCAGCAAGAUCAUCGGUGCCGAUGCCGACUUCUUCGCGAACUUGGUCGUCGAUGCAAUGCUGCUGGUCAAGACCACAAACCAGAGGAACGAAGUCAAAUACCCAGUCAAGGCAGUGAACCUGCUCAAGGCGCACGGAAAGAGUGGAACAGAAUCAGUUCUUGUCAACGGCUAUGCUCUUAACUGCACCGUUGCUUCCCAGGCCAUGAAGACUCGGAUAACAGACGCCAAGAUUGCCUGUCUCGACAUGAACCUGCAGAAGGAAAGAAUGAAGCUCGGCGUUCAGAUCACAGUUGAAGAUCCCGAUCAGCUUGAAAAGAUCCGCCAGAGGGAAUCCGGCAUUGUUAUUGAGCGAGUGGAGAAAAUCCUCAAGUCUGGCGCGAACGUUGUCUUCACCACUAAAGGUAUCGACGACAUGGUUCUCAAGCUUUUUAUUGAGAAGGGUGCCAUGGCCGUUCGACGAUGCAAGAAGGAGGAUUUAAGACGCAUUGCCAAGGCUACCGGAGCUACUCUGGUCAGCACACUCUCUGACCUGAACGGAGAUGAGAAAUUCGAAGCCUCUUACCUCGGCCAUGCAGAUGAGGUUGUCCAGGACCGGAUAUCCGAUGACGAGUGUAUCCUCGUCAAGGGUACCAAGGUCCACACUUCAGCGUCCAUCAUCCUGCGAGGACCCAACGAUUUCAGUCUAGAUGAGAUGGAACGUUCAGUGCACGACUCACUCUGCGCUGUCAAGCGAGCAUUGGAGAGUGGUAGCAUCGUCCCCGGAGGCGGUGCUGUCGAGACAGCCCUUCACAUGUACCUUGAAGAAUUCGCCGUCACAGUGGGCUCUCGCGAGCAAUUGGCCAUUGGCGAAUUCGCCCAAUCCCUCCUUGUCGUUCCCAAGACCCUCGCCGUCAACGCCGCAAAAGACUCAUCCGAGCUCGUCGCACAGCUCCGCAAGCGCCACGCCGUGUCCCAGCGCGUCCAGGAAGGCGAGGCCAACGAGAAAGAGAAGGCUGUGGCCAAGAAGAAGGAGUACCGAAACUACGGUCUCGACCUGACGAAGGGCCGUGUUCACGACUGCCUCAAAGCUGGUGUCCUGGAGCCUAGCAUGGGUAAGCUUAAGCAGCUCAAGAGUGCUGUUGAAGCUUGCAUUGCCAUUAUGCGCAUUGAUACCAUGAUUAAGCUGGAUCCUGAACGCAAGGAAGAUGAUGGACACGGUCACGACCACUAG